AUGGCAAGAGAGCAAAGAGCUAAAAAGACAGCUGCUUCUUUACAAGCACUUAGAAGAGCUAAAUCUGGUGAAGAAAAAAGAUCUGAACAAAUUCAAGAAGAAGAAGAAGAAGAAUUAAAUGAAUCAUCAGAUGAUGAAAAGGGAGAAAAGAAUACAAUUACAAAUAUUGAAGAGGAAUUGGAAAAGAAGAGAAAGAUUAGAGAUUUUGUUGUAGAUGAUGAUGAAUAUGGUUACAGAGAAAGAAGUGAUGGUGAGGAGGAUCAUGACAAUGAUGAUGAUGAUGAUUAUUCUGGGGAAGAAGCAAAAGAAUCAAAAUCAUCAUCAAAGGUUGUAAAAAGAAAGAAAAAGGAUAAUAGUAGUAGUAGUAAAAAGGAUGAAAAGAAACAAGAAGAGAAAGAGAAAAAGAAAAAGGUUGAUGUAGUUCCAAUUGCAAAUAGAAUGGAUCAAUUUUUAAACAAAACUGUUAGUAGUAGUAGUAGUAGUAGUAGUAAUACUACUUCUUCAUCGACAUCAAUGUCAUUGGCAGAAAGAAUGCAAAAAUCAAAUCAAUCAACAACAACAGCGACGACAAAGAGUAAAACCAAUGAUGAUAUGAUGGAACUUUAUUUAAAAGAUCUUCAAGAAAAUCCAGAUCAAGAAAUGGAUAUUGAUUUUAUUGAACAACAAAAACGUGCUCUUGAAGAACAAGAAAGAAUUGAAAAGGAAAAAGAAAAAGAAAAGGAAGAACAAUCAACCUCUACAACUUCUACUAAUACAACUACAACUACAACUAUCAAGAAUGAUGAAGAUUUAAAUCUUGAAGAUUUUGAAAAAGAUGAAGAAUCAUUUGAAUUUGAUUUUAAUGAAGAUGAACCAAAAGUUCCAACAGUUACUUUUACUGCUUCUGCUCCUGUACUACAGACAAAAACUCCAACCAUUUCAUUGGUAUCACCAAAAACAACAAAUGAUUGGUGGAAAAAAGCAGAAGAUUCUGUCAUUUCAAUUGGUGAAUUUGAAAACCUUUGUGUUAAAGAUGUUUCAAGUAUACCAAUGAUAACAAUUCAAAAUCAAAAAGGAUUAGAAUUCUUUUUUUUGACAGCAGAAGAAGAAACACAAGGAACAUUUGUAGGAAAGAUUUAUUUAUUUGGUAAAGUAAAACAACAAGUAGGAACUGUAACUAGGUUUGUUAGUUGUUGUAUUGUAGUAGAGAAUCUGCAAAGAAAUGUAUUUUUAUUGCCAAGAUCCUAUUGUGUCGAUGCCAAGGGUGAACCUACCACUAUACAACCAACCGAUGAAAUGAUUGAAAAGGAAAUUAAAUCAAUCAUGGAUGCCAACAAGAUUAAGAAUUGGACUUGUAAAAAGGUUUCUCGUUCUAUUUGUUUUGAUUAUAAAGAAGAAAACAAAUCUACAAAUAUUUCAAAAUAUGAUAAUCUUUGGAAAAUUUCUUAUCCUUCAAAUUUUGCACCAUUAAAAAAUGAUAUUCAAGGAUUAACAUUUAAAUGUGGAUAUGGUAUAACAUCAUCACCAUUGGAAUUAUUUUUAUUAAAAACAAGAAUAAUGGGACCAUGUUGGAUGGUAUUGAGAAAUGUUAAACCAGUUUUGGAUGUUUCACAAAAAAUAUCAUAUUGUCGUUUUGAAGCAAGAGUACCAAGUUUUAAAGAUGUUGCACCAUUUGACAAGGUAAAAUUGGCACCACAACCAUCACCACCCAUUGUAGUAAUGGCUCUAUCUGUAAAGACUACAUCUACCAAGGAUUCAAAUGAAAUUUUAAUGAUAAGUAGUGUAGUCAAUGAACAUAUUAGUUGUGAUGGUGGUACUAUUCAAUCGGCACGUGAAAAUGUAAAGUAUAUGACUUCAAUUCGUCCACUCACUGGUCAAACAUUACCAAUGGAUUUUAAACAACAAGGUCAAAGUCGUCAAAAUCUUUCUGUCCAAAACAAUGAACGUUUGGUAUUGACUCAAUUGGCCAAUACUAUCAUGUCGGUAGACCCCGAUAUGUUGGCAGGUCACAAUAUCAUUGGUUAUGAUUUGGAUGUUAUCAUUCAUCGUAUGAAGGAAUUGAAAGUUCAAAAUUGGAGUUAUCUUGGUAAACUUCGUCGUACACAAUUUCCAAGAUUGUCUGGUGGUAUUGGUUCUGCUGAAAAUUCCUAUCAAGAAAAACAAGUCCUCAUUGGUCGUCUUGUCUGUGAUACCUAUCUCUUGUCUAAAGAAUUUCUUCAAAAAGAAAAAAAUUAUUCACUCGUAGAAUUAAGUAAAACUCAAUUACAAAUUGAAAAACAAUCAAUUAAUCUUUUAGCUGUUGAUAGUUAUUUUAAUAAUUCAAAGAGGCAAGAUAAAUUUAAUAAUUGA